AUGCAGUCCAUACGAAGUGAGUCGACAAAAUGGCGUAUCACUUGUUGCUACGAUACAACGGAUGAUGUGAACCACCGGGAUUAUGUGCGGGGCUCAUUGUCCGAGGUUGAUUUACUUCAUUUUAACGGAGAGGAAUGUGUGAAGGUUGAUCACAUCAGCGUACGAGGCCAAAGUUGCAGAAACUGCACAGCAUACGCUUUUCAAAAGGAUGCCAUUUUUCAUUUCCCAUCCAAGAAAGGCAACUGCGAGUUUCAAACAAAUGAUUACAAAAAUUGCUCAGCAAACGAAACGAAUGGAAUAAUGAAAUUUGAGAGUAAUUUCGGUUUCUACGGUUGCGCAAACGCACAGCAUCAUUGUUCUGCCAAUGUGAAUGCCACAACACAAACUUGGUUUGGGGCAUAA